CAUUGUAGAUGUUGUGCCAUCACUAGUAGUAAUUGUACAAUCAGCUGACGAGACGGACCACGACGAGUGGAGCACCAGCCAGCGCAGGCUGAAAAAUCAAUUGAAAGCUGUUGCUCCACAAACCACGACCGCCACAUAGAUAUAGAUUAUUGCCUGUCCACCAUGGACAUUGAACGGGUGUUCAGUGACUUGGAGUCAAAUCAAACGCACGAAAACGAGGUGGCAAAACAGAAACUUGUUGAACUCUUUACACAGACUAAGGAACAAUGGGCCGUUCAAUUCAUGUUGGAUUAUUUCAUCAAAACUGGAUCUCUGCGUAUUAUGGAGGUGCUGGUCAAAGCUCAGCCACCGCAUGAUGGCUACAUAUUUGAUAGGCUAGACGAUUGCCUUAAGCAGCAACAGCAUCGCUUGCAGAGUCUACAAAUGUUCUGUUUCAUUGUGCGGAGGCAUCCCACCUGGUUGCAUAAAAUCGAAAAGCAUCGCCUGAUUAAAAGUAUAUUUAAGUUGCUUAUGCACGAGAAGGAGAUUGUGCCGCUGAUGAAUGCCCUCCUAUGCAUCAUUACCUUGCUGCCCAUCAUCCGGAAUUCGGUGCCAAAUUUCCUCAUUGAUCUUUUUGAGGUAUUUGGACAUCUGGCCUCUUGGAAGGUGCAAAAUAGUAAUCGUCUGCCAGACGAAAAGUUGGUUCACCUGCAACUGGGGCUCCAAAUGUUGUUUCAUCGUUUGUAUGGCAUGUAUCCCUGCAACUUUAUGGGCUAUUUGGGCGAGUUCAUCAAAAAGGGCAACGGUGGUGGUAUCUUUCAGCAUACCAUUAAACCCCUGUUGGAUACGGUAAGAGUUCAUCCUAUGCUCUUGACUGCAACCGCCGAAACUGAGGUUAGUCAUGCCCGCUGGAAAGAAAUGGAGCCACACGAUGUGGUCAUGGAAUGUGCCUACCUCACUCUGCCCAUUGUGCAUCCGGAGUCCAGUAAUGAGGACAAUAGUUACGCGUAUCCGGUCACACCCGGAUAUAGUCGAAUGACGUCCACCACCUCGACCAAUGAGUGUUACCAGCUAAGGGAUUUCCAACACCCGAGGCACUCUAUAGCACGAUUUGAUCCCCCUGGUGGUGAUCUUAGUAUCUGGAGUCCGCACAAUGAGAUUACAACCAGCGUCAGCAGUGCCAUCCCCCUAACGCCGACGGCACCAUUUAGGUUGCCGCUUCAGCCAAAUAUGAUGAAUUCCCAGUUGCUGGGUCUAACAGGCUCCUCCCCACCGGAGGCCGCGGUAGAGGCCACUCCUGAAACCACACCAAUGAAGGAUUUGCGUGAACUGAAACAACAGCAGCAUAGCCUAGCCAAUCCAAAUGCUGUAAGGGCUAUUUUCCCCACCAGCCAGCCGUCGUCUCCUAUGCGCAGGGAUCAACAACAGAGUCAAUUCAAUUUUCCAGAUAUCAGUAGCGAAGCAGAGGAGAGCACCACUACUACACUGGUGGAGAAGGUGACACGGGUAACAACAUAUGAGCGACGGUUGCAACAAGUAAUCCAGGACAGACAAAGCUCCCAUAUUCAGCUUGAGCAGAGGUCAUUAAACGCAGGUAUUGGGGUGGCUGCUCAAUUCCCGAGUAGUUUGCCAGAACUUGAGUCGGAUGGAGCACCUGCUGCCAAGACAGUUCCUAAUGCCAGUGCUGAAAUUCCAGCUGCUUUGUGCGGUGAAUGCAACGAGACAGAUCGCAGUAUGUGCAGUGUAGGUGGUUUACAUAUGCCGACCAGCCGUUCCAUGCAACAGCUGGCAAAGGGGGUGAAACGACGGAAUCGCAUGGCCAGCUAUUGUUGCAACGAAUCCGAUCCCGAUGGCAUGCUAACGACGGCCAAAAAGGCCACAUUCACCAUGGGGGCCGAAACACAGAUGCGACGGGCCAAGUCGUGCUCGGCACUUUUCGGCCUACAAAAGCAGAAACAGCAACAAUUAAAUGACGAUGAGGCCGAUUGUCCUGGCCAAAGGCACCGCGAGAACGGUACGACAACACAAAAGACUGGAAGCCGCUUGCAACGUAGCGGCCGCAUGCUGACUAUGGCUUUGAUGGACCCCAAAGAGCAAGCCGUGAGAAGUUGCUGUCACGCUGCCACUCAGACUUUAGAGGAUGUGUUGCCGGCGCAGUAUGAAAACCUGUUGUUCGAACUAUUAUUUGAGUUUAAGGAUCAGCGCAAUAAGUAUGAACGGAGCUUGCUUUAUCCGCAGGACAUACUCGAUCAAUACAUCAUGCACGCCAUCAACGCCAAGGAGAAUUUCGACUCGGAGCAGUGCCAGUUAAUGUGCCUACAACUUCAAUACGAAAGCUAUCGGCGUAGCAUUCAUGCGGAGCGAAAUCGUCGUCUCAUGGGCCGCAGUCGGGACAAACGUAGUUUGGAAAUGGAACGGGAUCGCCUUAGGGAGCAACUAAAGAAUUUCGAUGCCAAGAACAAAGACUUGGCCCAUAAGAUGGACGAAGCGAUCAGAAUGGCCAAUGAGCGUCAGAGUAGCCAUCAUCAGGAGUUGUCCGAUUUAAAAGCCAAGUACCAAUACGAACUGGAUCAAAACAAGUGUUUGCGUCAGGCCAACGAUGAUCUGCAGACUCGACUCUCCUUGGAAAUGGCCCAACAUAAGGAGCUGAACUAUGAGUUGCAGUCACUUCGUGGCCAAGUGUUCAGCUUGAACAACGAACUCCAGCAUGCACAGUUGCAAGCCGAGUCUGGAUUACUCCAUAAGCAAGAGCUAGCCCGUCUGGAGGCAGAGCUUAUCAUUAUGGGUGAGGUGCAAGUGCGUUGCCGCGAUCGCCUGGCUGAGAUCGACGUCCAUAAAGCUCGAGAUGAGGAACUUUUAAUGCUUCAAGAAAGCAGCAGUCUAGAGAGAAAAGACCUCAAACACAGUCUGGAUGAGCGGACAUCACAGUUGGAAAGCACCAAGCAUAAGAUAAGCGAAAUGCAGGCCCAGUUGGUCAACAGUGAGAAAGCCAUGACAGAGCAAAAGCGUCUCCUGAGCCUUGUCAAAGAUGAAUAUGAAGAGAAAUUCAAGUCCUUGAAAGAUAAAUAUGAGGUGCAAAAGAAAAUAAUUAUCCAGAUGGAGGAGAAGCUUAUGAUGACAUUACAACAACCACUGGGAGCACCAGGCCAGAGCACUUGCUCCCCCGAUACAGACAGAACUGACAUUGCCUCAUCCAUGGAACGUAACUCGCCUCUGUCUACUUCGUUGGCCUCGAGCGAAAGCCUUUCAGCUAGUUUACGCUCCACCGAGCUAAAGAAUCUACAGCAGCUGGUGGAGACACCCUCUAUACCUGUGGUCUUGAGCGCCAUGGAGGAAAAUAAUCGUAUGCCCGCCAUUGAUUUGGCUUCGUCGGCCAGCACCGCCAGUGCCAUUAAUAUAAACACCACUGCGGCUGUGGAUUCUGUGACGAAACUUUUGGACUUGCAUUCCGCUUCCAGUAGUGGCAAUCAUGCCCAAUCACAGGCCCAAGCACACUCGCAUCCGCAUCUCCAUUUGCAACAAAGCCAACAAGAGCAGCCAUCAUCAUCAUCAUCCUCAUCGCAUAACCAAGAUCGAUUGUAGAUCGGAGCAAUUUACGCAGUUUAAAACUGUGGAAUAAAUAAAUAGGAAUCGCGAAAUAAUUAAUUACAAAAAAAAAUUAUACAUACAUAUACAUAAACUAUUAACGUUUGACAUUUUAAAUUGUUUGUAAAAGAAAAAAUUUUGAUAUGAUGGAAUAAGUAAAAACGCGCAUUAAGUUUUAAAUAAAAAAUUUACCAGGUCGGAAUAAAAUAGA